AUCCUCAUCAAUCUGGAGUCUGACUCUCAGCCUCUGGGCCACUCAGGGCCAGAAGGGCCUCGGUUUGAUGACCAAGGGAUGGUUCUUCCACACAGCAUCCUGGGUAGUUUAGAGGAUUUCAGGAGUUAUCUAGAGGCCAAGGGGGAAACAGAGUUGUUGAAGCGAAUACCAAAGUCAGAGAGAAAUCCUCCAUUUGAGGCCCCAGGGAGGCAUCACUCUGAGGCUGUGGAGAGUGGGCGUUUGGUCUCCUCAGGCCACAGAAACAUCCAGAGUAAUGCCCUGCAGCACUGGAAUACACAUAUGAGGCAGCGCAGACGGCAGCAGGACUUCUUAUCCGAUUUGCUUGACAGGCCAGUUGAGAAUUUACUGAUGAACCAAGCUAACCGUUUCAGAGAAACUCAGGAGCAGAGGGAAUUUCUAAACCAAGUCAUGCCACUUGUCCACUCUGGAUAUGGUUAUCGUGUAGGCAGUGAGUUUUGGAAUCUCCCCCAGCGUUAUGGAGAUGAAAUGAGCGGCAUCACAGCCACUCUGACUCAGACGGAACAGGGCAGGCGUGAACCUGUCACACAUGUAGGACAACCAAGCAGCAUACGUCAGGAAUCAGGAAUCAUUUGUGCUGAGACUCUGCGUCCAGCCUCUCGGACUUGGGACCAGAGUGCAUACCUACAGCACCAGUGCCGGGAGCUCAGGGAGGUUGCACAGGACAUGGACAUCACACUGCCGGACAUUGAUGGACUGGAGGUGAUAGGCUCUGGCAAGCCAUUCACUUCAGUCACAGUGUGUCGUAGUCCCUUACUGGAGAAGGAAGAAGAGAAUGAGCACAAGGAGGAGAAGAACCUUGAUCCACACACACAGUAUGAUGAUGCUCAGUCAGAUGUUCUGCUCAUUCCUGCUUUGAGGUUCUGCGGUCAGCUUGCUCGCUGGGCCGGAAACUCUACUGCUAACCAGGGAGAAGUAGGAAUUAGUGCCACAAUAAUCUUUGAGGCUGUGACUGGAGAGAGAGCAUCGUCCCACUUGGAGCUGCACAAUGAGGGCAGCACGGCCAUCUUCUACAGCUGGCAGCAGCUUCCCAAACCACACAGCUUUCCUAACCUGCGAUCCCAAACAAAGAACCUGCACUUCUACUUCAGUUCCUCCUCUGGUGUGAUCCAUCCAGGUGAAACCCAGCGAGUGGAGUUUGUGUUUAAGUCAGAGAAAUCAGGCAUCAAAACUGAACUAUGGCAGCUCAACACUCAUCCUGUGCUGCUGCAAGGAGCAUCAAUGCAGGUCACGCUGAGGGGAGUGGCUCUGUACCAGGACAAAACUGCAGACCAGAGACUUUUCCUAGAGACAAAGCUGGAAAAGACAGUGAUGGUAAAAAUGUGUCGGUCGAUUGUAUAUGAGGUGCUGCGUGGGGUCCACACCCCAGAGAGACCUGGCUCUCCUGCAGAGCUCUACAUCACUGAAGAGCAAAAGUUUCUCAACAAAAACCCCAAGUUGCAGUACCUUGAUCAGCCAGUGAAGGACCUAAAGAGACUGUGGCAAGAAGUGAAUCCAGGGAGCACCUGGGACCUGUCUAUUGAUACUCUCCGACAGGUUGUGCUGUCUCUGCCUGAACAAGAGUCAACCCUCUCUAGAGAGAAGAGCCUGGCCCAGCUCAACUCUCUGCUUCUGCAGCUGUCUGAACCUUCUGAACUGAAACACCGCCAUCUAACAGCAGCAGAUAUAGGACAGCAGCUCUGGAAGAAACUCCUGGACACGAUGGCCUGUGAGGCCAUGUGGCUCAGAAACCUGCUGGGCCUCCCAGAGAGAGAGACAUGGAUCGAAAAAAAGGAUGAGUGCCCGAUCUCUGACACUGAUUUGACUGAUAACAUAAACAAAGAUGAGAAGAGUGAAAAAAAGGGAGGAGCAGCUACUAAAGAGGAAAGGAGUGGAGGGAAAUCCAAAUUUAAAGAUGACAACAAAGGAGAGUCCAAGUCAGCAACACCUGAAAAAUCAGUAGAGGACAGCAAAAAGAAGGGGAAAAGAAAGGAAGAAGUGGGGAAGCGCACUAAGGAAAAGCAAGGGAAGGAGUCUGCCUCGCUGACUGAUACCCAUCCAGAGAUCAAUCCGCAGCCUCCUGAUGACCAAAAUGUAAAGCCGGAGGUGAUGGCCAUUUACACAAGGCUCCUGCACAGAAAGAUUUAUGCUUUGAUGGAAGACCUGGUGGACACCCUGUGUGACCUGAUGGAUGAGGGAAAUGAGGAGGACACACACACUAUUAACAUGAGAGGCACAGGAGCCCCACUAAAUACAGUCAACCACCUGUAAUGUGACAGGAUUCCUGAAUCUCCAAUAAACCUUUUUGUCCUUCUGG